AUGCGCGGAUUCCUUCUUAUCAUCACUUUUGCCGCAUCUGCCAUCUUGACGGCUGGUGCCCCCAUUCCUGAACCCCAAAUCAACUUCGAAACUCUGGUUGCUCGCACUGAUACAGCCCUGAAAGCUUUGGAAGAAAAGCACGCUUCGCAUCAUGCUGCUUGGCAAAGCUGGGCGAAAGACUAUCGACAUGCCCAAGAUAAGGAAAAUACGCAUCGUGACCACAAGGAAGAUGCACUUAGAAAGGGCCCAGCAUACGCAGAGUCAGCAAAGCACCAUGAGAGGGAGGAGAGAAAGUGGCGUAAGGAGAAAGUCCUGAUUGAUCAAAAGGUGGACUAUCACUUCAACGAGAAGCAGAGAGCCGCACAGGCCAUUACAAAUUACAGGCAAAGUCAUCAGCACAGGCAAGGCCAAGGACUCAGUCCCAGACUCUAA